AUGGGUGCCACGUUCACUAAUAGUCGAUCAAAAAUUGACUCAGGAAACUGUUUCGUUGCGAUGGCUGAUAUCAACGAAUUGAAGUUGGAAUUGUUUCUCCGUUCACCAUAUUCACCAGAUUUAAUCUCCAGCGACUAUCUUCGGUUCCCCAACCUUAAAAAAUGGCUCGGAGGUAAAAAAGUGCAGAUCAACGAGGAAGUCAUCGAUGCUGUAAAUGAAUAUUUUGAAGGACUUGGCGAAUCGGUCUAUCAAAAUGGCAUCACUGCAUUAGAGCACCGUUAUGAGAAAUUUUUCAGCCUUGAGAGUGAGUAUGUUGAAAAAUAA